AUGCUAGUUGGAGCCGAAGUUGUCUUAGGGUUAUUCCUGUCCUAUAUAUUCUACCGUUCGCUGUGUGCUAUUAUAGGUCACUAUCGAAUAGUUAAUAUCCUAAAAAAAUUUCCAGGACCCAAAUCUCAUUGGUUACUGGGAAAUCUUCAUCAGUUGGCAUCUCCUAAAGAAUUUCUUAAAAGCUACCAUAGUUUUAGUCUGAAAUUUCCUCGAAAAUUUUUACUAUGGUAUGGUCCUCUAACUCCGGUACUAUCUGUUUCACAUCCAGAAACAAUACGCGCUGUUAUAAAAGCUAAGACAAUCAAGGAUGGUCCAGCUUAUCAAUAUUUUAUUGCAUACCGCUUUCUAAACGAAUGGGUUGGACCCGGUUUACUCACAGAAAAUGGUAAAAGGUGGUCUAGAAAUCGACGUCUGAUCACACCAGCUUUCCAUUUCGACGUACUUAAACCAUACGUUCAUAUAUAUAAUGAAGCCUUGGACAUACUUACUGAGAAAUGGUCAAAUCCAGAUCGCUUGCAUAAACCAUUAGACACCUUCUAUGAUGCUAGUUUAUGUACUCUGGAUGUUAUUACUCGCUGUGCUUUUUCCGUUGAGUUCGAUUGCCAGAGGGAAAAUGUAAAACAUCCCUAUAUAAAUGCAGUUCGUACUAUUACAAAAUUAGUAACAGAACGACCCUUUAAUAUUUUCUACCACAGCGAUUGGAUCUAUUCAAUUACCUCUGCAGGUAGAAAAUUUUAUUCCAAUGUCCAGCUAACCCAUGAAUUUACUGAAAAUGUCAUUCGAAAACGUCAAGGAGAAUUAAGCUCAAGUCAUGAUGAUGGCAGUAAGAUGAAAAAGCAUUUAGACUUUUUAGACGUUCUUUUAAAGGCAACGUACGAAAAUGGCGAAGGCCUCAGCUUAUUAGAAAUACGCAAUGAAGUCGAUACAUUCCUGUUUGCUGGUCAUGAUACGUCUUCAAGUGCGCUAUCGAGUACGCUUUACUGUAUUGCGAGGUAUACAGAGCAUCAAGAUAAGAUUCGAUCAGAGGUUGAUAAAAUACUUGCAUGUAAAGAAGAAAUAGAAUGGAAAGAUCUACCUGAAUUAAAGCAUACAUCCCUGUGCAUUAAGGAAGCUAUGCGCUUAUACACGACUGUACCAAUAAUAGAGCGAACUUUAGAAAGAGAUGUAGAAAUAGAUGGUAAAAUCCUAGCUGCAGGUUCACAAAUUGCAAUCGCAGGAUUCAUGCUGCAUAGAAAUCCUGACGUUUGGGAUGAUCCGGAGAAAUAUGAUCCUUUGCGAUUCUUGCCAGAAAAUUGUGGAAGUAGACAUCCAUAUGCUUAUAUUCCAUUCUCAGCUGGAUCAAGAAAUUGUAUAGGUCAAAACUUUGCAAUAAACUUUUUAAAAGUUGCUGUAGCUAAAUUAGUUUAUCGAUAUUACUUUACCGUUGAUAUGAAAAAUAAUCUAACUUUUACAGCUCCUUUGGUUUUAAAAUUACAUGGUCAUGAUAUCUAUAUAAAAGAGAGAAAUAAUUAA